AUGACAGCCUCAGCUGUUGCGAGAGAUUUAAACUUCACGUGUGCGUAGCUUGGCAUUUGUCGAGACUGAGAGAAGUGUUCCCCGAUCAUUUCGAGCGUUGAAAGACAUAUAAAAGAAAAUGGCGCUGAUGGGGGUGCAGCUGGUGGUCAGCCUUCUAGCCGCCAGCAUCAUGCAGAGAAUGGCGCCACACUGCUCCUUUGCACGUUGGCUCCUAUGCAAUGGCAGCCUCUUCCGUUUUAAACACCCGUCAGAAGGAGAGCUGUGUGCGCUGGCUGGGAAGCAGAUGCCGAAGCCCAGCCGGAGAGACCGGAGGCAGAAUGGGGGAGGGGAACCCAAGCCUCUCACGGUGCCCAAAGACAUCGACCUCCAUCUCCAGACCACUCCUGUGAACGUGCUGGAUGCCCUCGUCCUGCGUUUUUUCCUGGAGUACCAGUGGCUGAUCGACUUUGCAGUGUACGCCAUGGGUGUUUACCUGUUCACAGAGGGCUACUACUGCGCAGUGGAUGCCAGCAAAGAGGUCAACAUUGGAGCCAUCUGGUGUGUGCUGACCAUCUUCUUCUGCCUGAGGACCCUGUACACUCUGAUGGGUCACUACUUCAGCUCAGAGGAAGGGGGCGAGCGCUCGGUCUGCCUGGCAUUCGGCUUCCUGUCUCUGCUGGUGGCUAUGUUGGUGCUGGUGGUGAGAGAGGACUACCUGGAGUUCGGCCUGGAGCCAGGAUUUGCUAAUCUGUUCAACAACCUUGAGGCCUUCGCCAAGCAGCAAGGCUACGAGUGGUCGGUGCCAGUGACCAAGUUGACUGUGAAGCUGGGUUUGGCAGUCAUCUGCGCUUUCAUUGGCGCUCUGCUGGCAUUUCCUGGCCUCCGAUUGGCCCAGACCCACUUGGACGCAGUCCAGAUGAAUGCAGACCGGCCAAUCAUACAAGUCCUACUGCAUGCCAGCUUCCUGUCGCCAGUGUUGGUACUGAUGUUAUGGGUGAAACCCAUUGCUCGAGACUUCCUGGCUAAUGCUCCAAUGGGAAAGACGACCAUCACCCUCAUCCCCAGUUCCACCUUCAGCUCUGUGCGCCUGUGGAUCGUAGUGGCGCUGUGUGUCCUGCGCCUGGCGCUCACGCGCUACCACCUGCAGGCCUACCUGAACCUGUCGCAGAAGUGGGUGGAGCAGAUGAAGAGGGAGGCGGGCCGCAUUGCCGCCAUCGACAUCCAGAGGAAGGUGACGCGAGUGUUCUGUUACCUGACCGUGGUCACACUGCAGUACCUGGCACCCAUUCUUCUCAUUCUUUUCUCUACACUGGCGCUCAAGUCCCUGGGUGACUUCUCCUGGGGGCUGGUCCCUGAGGUCCCAGGCGUGACACCUGUGGAGGCGGCCGUCCCCACAGCAGCUCCACCCCUCCUGGCACUGGGGGAGGACGAGGACGGGGACAACAUGGAGGACGACGUCCAGGCGGCGGUGGCCCAGCUGUCGGAAGCCAUGGGCGCUCUCCGCAUGGUCCUCACGCCCAUCUUCUUCAGGGGGAUCUUGGCUUUCCUCGCCUGGUGGGUGGCGGCCUGCCAGCUCAUCAGCAGUCUGUUCGGGAUCUACUUCCACCAGUACCUCAUGCAGAACUGAGCCUCACCUGCCCCCAACACCCCACCCC